ACAUUUUGACACUCAAUCAAGUAUCGGCAUAUUCAUUUCCCUUUUGGUCUAUAUAAUCUUCUUUUUUUCGAAACAUUUUUUUGAAAUGUCACAACCGAGCCUCACCAUUUCACGCGCUCCUGUUUCUAUUCGAAGGAUGGGCCAGAUUCUACGCGAUCCUGUCAUCUUUACCAGUAUUGCUGCUGUUACAGCUAUUGUCGGGUUUGGAACUUGGUAUUAUUACUCGAAUGCAGCUCCCACCCGUGUUCUCGAUCAGCAUGCUGCGAAACCCUUUAAAUUGGUAGCCAAAACAGCUAUUAGUCAUAACACGAACAUCUAUCGCUUCGCACUUCCCCAUAAAGACGACGUAUUGGGAUUACCCAUUGGUCAACAUGUAACGUUAAUAGCUAAUAUAAAUGGAAAAGAAGUUUCAAGAAGCUAUACACCUAUUACCAGCGAUGAAGAUGCUGGAUUUUUUGAGUUGAUUAUCAAGACUUAUCCUGAUGGUGUCUUAACACAACACUUGGCUCAUAUGGAAGUUGGAAAUUAUAUUGGUGUACGUGGACCUAAAGGCUCAUUUAUAUACACACCCAAUAUGGUUCGAGAAAUCGGGAUGAUUGCAGGUGGUACAGGUAUCACUCCAAUGUUGCAGAUUAUACGAGCAAUUUUACGUAACCCCAAUGAUAAAACCAAGGUUAAAUUGAUUUUCGGUAAUGUUAGCAAAGGGGACAUUUUACUAGAAAACGAAUUAGAGCAACUGGCAUCUAAACGUCCGGAUCAGUUCGAAGUAUAUCAUGUUUUAAAUCAUCCCCCUGAUGGAUUAUGGACGCAAGGCGUUGGGUAUAUCAACAAACAAAUUUUGGAAGAGCGAUUACCCAAGCUUGGAAAUGAUGUGAAAAUUCUCGUUUGUGGCCCUCCUCCCUUGGUGAAGGCAAUGACAACUAUCACAACGGAUUUAGGCUAUGAAGCUCCCAGAGCAGUAAGCAAACUCACGGAUCAAGUAUUUAAAUUUUAAGUACGCUCCACUAUUCAUAUCUUACCUGUACUGGUUGUAAUAAAGCAGACCAAUUUUUAUAUUAUAUGAACACAA